UUGUAAGAAGAUUUUAUUAAUAAGAAAGGAAAAUAAUUGAAAAAUGCAGGACAGAUAAAGAGAGUUUACAAUUGAUUUUUCUGAUUUUUAAGGAUCGUAUUUAAUUUAUAUGGAGGAAGCACCUGCUCAUAAUAAGGAUCGUUAUUGAGGU